AUGAGAAGAUCGACACGCAGCGCAUCCGCCGCCUCGUCCUCGCCGCAUAACCUACCCCCGUUUUACGAGCGAGCGAGGAAGAAGAAGAAGAAAAACGCGUCUGCGCCAAGCCACCUUUCAGAAGUGCCAGGAUCCCGGCGCUCGCGGAGUACCUCAGCGGGCUGGCGAAUUGAGGGGCAGGCGACGGGAACGUUGAGGGUGAAGCAAGAAGACGAUAUGGAAAUCAAGGCUGAAGACGACGACGACGAAGACGUGGACCAGCUCAUGUCCACAGACGACCAUCGGGACGGGGACGGGGACGGGGACGGGCGCGAGCCUAGCGCAGCAAAUAGAGGAACCCCUUCACUGCAUUUUCGAUUGCAGCGUGCAAGUUUGGCUCCGUCAGGGACUCAACGGGACCGCUCUCCCGACCUCGGUGAUGCCUUCAUGAGGUCUCCGGGCCCUCCUCUUGACCUGGGUCCUGCGAUCAAAGCGAGUUAUGCUUGCCGCGAUGGAAACCAUAUCCUCGAUAUCGGUGACACUUGUGCGGUCAAGCGGGGCGCAGAUCGCCCGCCUCGGUUUAUGUGGUUCAAAGAUGACCUCGACAACGAUGAUUCGGAUUCCGAUGUGCCGGCCAACACACAAGAGGAAAGCGCCGGCGCCGGCGACAGAUUUCUGAAGGAAGACGAUGAAGACUGGCUGUAUGCUCGCGUGAUUCGUCCUUUAUUCCACAGGGGGGACACACAGGAUAAAAGCCCCAACAGCGUUCCGAGGGCCGCCGGCGCCCAGGUACACUUGUAUUUGCGAUGCCCAUCCGACAUCUCUGACGAACACAUUGACCAGGCAAUACGUUAUCCGCAGCUUAUAAAGUUCGCCCAUGCGCAAUCCAUCGAGAUCAGCGAGAUGAUAGGGCUCAUUGCCCGCAUUGUUGACCAGUCCGACCAUACAUCUGGACCGCACAUGUUGCCCAUGGAAUCAAACGACAUCUGGUCCGCUUUGACCUCGGACGCGGCGACGAACAUUCAUUUAUCCCUCAUAUGCCUAGAGGAUGGCUGCAAGGUUCGUCAAAUGUGGGAAUCCGAGAGGAGCGGGCAGAUCCGCUACUGCCGAAAAUGCAAGAUCUGGCUACACGUCGCUUGCCUCUCCUCGCAGCCAGUGACCGUGGACGACAUCAGACGCAAGGACCUCGUUCGAUUCGACCAGGAAUACAUGUCGUACCUACUGGACGCAGGUGCACGUAAGAGGGAGCAGGUCGAAAUCAAAAAGCUCGUCUUGGGUCAGCCUGAGCACAAGGAUCUCGACAUGGACGUGGACGACACUCUAAAUCGAUUCCCAAUCCCGCGGUCAGUACGGUAUGAGGAGGUCGCCUGCAUACCCAUCCGCCGCCGCACUCGCCCCGGUUUCGCCCCGGAGACGAACGAGCUGUUCUAUCAGCAUGCUAUCGACAUGGUGAAGGCCGGGAAGGGAAGACAGAUGGUACGCGGCGCGGACGUCGCCACCUGGUUGGAGGGCAAGGCGCCGGGUUUGGGCACUCGGGCCACAAAAUUCAUCCUGCGCAAGGAUCUGCGCAAGCUCCGCAAGGACACCAUCCGGCGCUUUCUCUGUACUUCUUGCAACGCGCAGAUCGUGUAG